UAAUCCUGUCUCUUUCUCUUUCUCUUUCUCUCUCUCUGGGCCAUGAUCGUGGGACUCUCUGUGGCUGUGGAACACUUUUAGACACCUUCCCGCCUUUCCUGUUUCAGGCCUCAAGGCUGGCUGAGUAGCUGGCUGCCCACUUGGCGCCCCACUUCGAUGUCUCAACUGAAGAAUGUGGAAGCCAGGAUCCUCCAGUGUCUGCAGAACAAGUUCCUGGCCCGAUAUGUGUCUCUCCCCAACCAGAACAAGAUCUGGACGGUGACCGUGAGCCCCGAGCUCAGGGACCGCACGCCCUUGGUGAUGGUGCAUGGCUUCGGUGGUGGCGUGGGCCUCUGGAUCCUCAACAUGGAUUCACUGAGUGCCCGCCGCACGCUGCACACCUUUGAUCUGCUUGGCUUUGGGCGAAGCUCAAGACCAGCAUUCCCGAGGGACCCCGAGGGGGCCGAGAAUGAGUUUGUGACCUCGAUAGAGACGUGGCGGGAGACCAUGGGGAUCCCCAGCAUGAUCCUCCUGGGGCACAGUUUGGGAGGAUUCCUGGCUACAUCUUAUUCUAUCAAGUACCCUGAAAGAGUUAAACACCUCAUCCUGGUGGACCCAUGGGGCUUUCCCCUCCGACCAACUGACCCCAGUGAGAUCCGUGCACCCCCAACCUGGUUCAAGGCUGUGGCCUCUGUCCUAGGGCGUUCUAAUCCACUGGCUGUUCUUCGAGUAGCUGGGCCUUGGGGGCCUGGCCUAGUGCAGCGAUUCCGACCAGACUUCAAGCGCAAGUUUGCAGACUUCUUUGAAGAUGAUACUAUAUCGGAGUAUAUCUACCACUGCAACGCACAGAAUCCCAGUGGUGAGACGGCGUUCAAAGCCAUGAUGGAGUCCUUUGGCUGGGCACGGCGCCCCAUGUUAGAGCGAAUUCACUUGAUUCGAAAAGAUGUGCCCAUCACCAUGAUCUAUGGGGCCAACACCUGGAUAGAUACCAGCACGGGAAAAAAGGUGAAGCUGCAACGGCCGGAUUCCUAUGUCCGAGAUAUGGAGAUUGAGGGUGCCUCACACCAUGUCUAUGCAGACCAGCCACACAUCUUCAAUGCUAUGGUGGAAGAGAUCUGUGACUCGGUUGAUUGAGUUGCUCUCACUAGAGGAAGAGGAGAAAGCCAGAGAUUCGCCUCCCUGUCUGCUUACUCACCCCUCUGUCCUUUCCUCACCAACUAACAUGUGCCACCAGGCAGAGUCUUGGGCUAUAAUAGGACAGGAACACAGCGAAGAGCACUCCAGCACACUUAGGGCUGGAGUCAGAAGCCACAAGAGGCCUUGAGCUCCCCAUCCCAGGGAAGAACACAAAGGGUUGCUUAGUGCCACUCCAUUCCCUCCAUGCCAAGUGUCACCCAGAUGGUGGUUGUAAAGGGCCUGCACCCAGCCAUGUUCCCUCCCUGCAAAAGGGAGAGCGGCGUCUCUUCCCCUGGACAAAGGAGAGGCUCCCAGCCUUUCCCUGCUCUGGAAUGUUGGUGGGGGGUAGGUUUCAUGCAAUAGCAUUUUCCUCCUCCAUUCAGCCCUUGGCCUCCAUCCCAUGCCAGUGUCCAGGGUCUGGUUGGGACCGGUUCCCACUUAACUACCAAGAGCAGGUCCUGGCACUCCCUUGUUCUGCAGAGUCCCUCCCAUGAUCUGAGAGGUCAUAUCCAAAGGCCUCAUUAACGGAUGAGGAGCAGGACAUGGCUGGCCCAUGGUGAUAUAGCUCUUUUCCAGAAGACUCAGGCCAGAACCCAGGUCUGUUGACACCCAGUGCUCAUUGCAGACUCCUUUUGCUAAGGUUCGAGGCAGGCACUAUUGCCAUGGGAUAACUGGCCAAGGAUAAGCCCAUCCCUGCCACACAUUCCAGCCCCAUUGCACAGGGGUGCUGUUGUCCUGCCCUGUGUCUGAGCCCUGGCUGCCUAAGCUGGGGACACUCAGGUGCUUUCUUCCAUUCCCCUCCUUUGUGCCUUGGGCCCUGAAGCCCCGCUUGUAGUAUAGAGCAGAGGUGGCCUCUGGUGGAGAGAGAAGGGAAAGGCCCUUCAACUCAGGGCCAAGUCUGGAUUCCAGUCCCUGGCAAGGUUUCUCUACCUGCCCCCAGGGCUAGGGCCACUCGGAGCCCCUGCUCAUGGUCCAGUAGGGAGCCUCAUGCCAGCAGUUUUCUGUCCUCAUCAGCCACAGGAUGGUUCUCACUGCCUGGCCCUCUGUCCCUGCCAUCUGUCUCCAGUUCAUCCACCCAACCUACCUGUCGCCCUUUCCCAGGGGCUGGGUCCAGGUACUGCUGUGAGGUUUGGGGCAGUAGGCCGGGCCUGGCCCCAGAACCAGGGCAGCUUCUGCCUGUCCUUCACUUUUGUAAAGCCAACCCUUUCACCAGAAUAUUAACUCCUGGUGCUUUGUACUACUGGUCCAGCUAUCUUGGGCUCCUUUUCUACAUUAAUAAAGAAAUGAGUAAAAACUG